AUGCUACCACAUUCAUCUUCGGUUUGGGACCGAAGAAUACAGGGGACAAAACUCUACCUGUGCUGCUAUGAUCUAAUCUCAAAAGCUCCGAAGUGGCAAGAUUACAAUGCUGUGAUGUCCAAGAAAUUGACAAAUGUGAACCCCUCAAGUCCUUUGCCUUCUUCUUUGCCCAACUCAACCACUGCUGAGACUGUUCAUUUGACUUCCGAUGCCUCUGGUGAUGAGAGUGUGCAUGGGGAACCAACCCGUCUGAUGGGUCGAAAGAAGGCAAAGUUAGCUUAUCAAGAGGAGAAACUAGAUGCAUCCAACCACGAACACCUCAAGAAGAUGGCCACUGCUCACAUUGACAUUGCCGAGGUUGCAAAAAAACAACAAACCUCACUAGCAAAGGCAAUGCAUGCUCAGCACUCUGCCCUUGAACGCCUUCCGGAUGAGGCAGUCAUGAAUAAAGACCUCACUGGGGCCAAUGAUGAUGUGAAAAAGUACUACAUGCUUCAAAGAAAAAAAUCUUAG